AUGCCGGAGAAACAAAAUUGGACUAUUGAAGAUGAUAAGCAAAAUCUGUUGCGGGUGAUACGUCAAGUUACUGAUCAAGUCAUCGGCAUGUCAGAGCUAGCCGUCGCCGGUAUGGCGAUGGAUCAGUUGCCAAAAACCCUAUUCAAAGAGGGAACGGAAACACAAGUUGAGAAGGUCAACAACACUUGUCGAACUUCCAUACUUAAGAAGGUGGAGAAGUAUGUUGAAGCAGAGUACAAGGAAGUGUUGGGUGAUCCGCUAUUUUCUCAGGUUAUGGAUAUUUAUGUGCACAAGCUUCAGUAUUCAGGGAGAGUGAUCCACAGCUUCGUUUGUAAGCAGCUUCUGACCGCAAAGCGCCAUGAGUUGUGGUUCCAUUUUGCUAGGAGGGCUCUCAGAUUUUCAAUGCAAGAAUUCCAUGCGAUCACUGGACUGAAAUAUAAAGACGGCGAGCCUGACUUGGAUAUUGAUAACAGGAGAGGUGAUAAAGGGCUGAGGAUGGUGUAUUUGUGUGUGAUUGCUGGUCUGGUUAUGGUGAAGGAUGAGAAUAUGUGCAUCCCACACAAGUACAUCAAGCUGGUGAUGGAUUUCGAUAAGAUGAGAAAAUAUCUGUGGGGUCUUCACUCUUUUGAUGCGCUUGUGACUUCCAUUACUGAAGCUAGGGAUAAAGUGAAGACGCAGAACAAUUAUGUCAUAGAUGGAUUCUCUUAUGCACUUCAGAUUUGGUUGAUGGAGGCUAUUCCAGACAUCGGGUCUCUUUUGGGUAAGAAGCUCAAAGAAGGCGUCACUAGCAUGAGAUGCAGAAAUUGGAAAGGAUCUGCUAAGGUUUCCUAUGAGGAUAUUAUUAGUAUUGAGUCCGAUUUUGCAUCCGCUGGAGUUGUUUUUCCAUACAUCUCUUCAACUGGAAAUUGCAACAUCAUUGUUGAUGCUGGGUUUGAGCGAGACGAUGAGAUGAAUGACGAAAGGGUCGAUCUGAUCAUUGACAUGUACAGAAAGAAGUAUGACUGGAGUAAGCAUGUUUGGGGUUAUCAGGAAACUGAACAACCAUAUGCGGACAGUUCUGAGGAUGAUGGUUCAAAGGAAGAAGAGGCUGGAGAAAGAAGUGACUGUGGAAUGGAAGAAGAAAUAGAAACCGCUCAUGUGUCUCCUACAAAGAAAAGAAAGAACCAGUAUCAGGAUAUUGGAGCCGAGUCAAGGAAGAAGAGGUUACUUUGCCAAAGAUAA